AUGUGCAAUAGCAGCAAAGGAAACACCCAUUUCUUGCUUACACGGUCACGUAGGGAUCAGAAUUUUCGAAUUCAACCAGAUGCUCUGUAUCUAUGGAGCGACUCCGAAAUUGUGCUGGAGUGGCUGAGGGCUCAUCCAUCAACCUGGACAACUUUCGUCGCUAACAGGGUAGCCUUGAUACAAGAUGCAACUAAAUCAGGAAUUUGGAGACAUGUUCCUUGUCGGCAAAAUCCAGCUGACGUUAUAUCCAGAGGUGCGUAUGUUGAUGAGCUACUAACAUCUUUUUGGUUUGCAGGGCCAGCCUUCUUACUGAAACCAUGCGACCAAUGGCCUGCCAACAAGUUGUGUAGCGUACCCGAGGAAGACGUAGAAGAACGCCGUAAGCAGACGACGACGCUGGCGGCCGAAGUAAAGAAAAAUUCCUUUAUCGAGUGGCUUGAAGGGAGAAGUGAUUACGUCCGAACACAAAAACGAGUGGCGCAUUUUCUUUGUAUUUUUCGGCGAAUAAAGGGUCGCCACGACAAACUUCCGCCUCUCACAACAACAAUGCUGGAUGAAGCGUUGAUUCGCAUAGCGUUCUGCCUACAAAAACACUACUUUAACAACGAGUACAAUGCACUAAAGCGCGACGGUGUGGUGCCGUCAACGAGUAAGGUGAAGUGCUUGAGCGUUUUUAUUGAGAGCUGCUAUGGAGUGGAUAUACUGCGUGUGGGUGGUCGCUUGAAAAACGCAAAGUUGCCGUACGAUGAAAAGCAUCCGAUUUUGCUACCUGGAGAGAGUAACUUCGUUCGCAGUUACAUACGCUAUGUGCACGAAAAGCAUAUGCACGUAGGAACGCAAGCCUUGAUGGCGAUAAUGCGACAACGAUUUUGGAUUGUAAAUGCUCGAAAGGUGGUGCGCUCGUAA